AUGUCGACGGGUGGGCUUAACCUACCGGUUGUCUCCAACAAUUUUAUUCAUAAUUCUUCCCUGCCACACAAGAAAAAUCAUAACCCAUCGGGGGGAAUUGCUAAUGUGUCAAGCUCUGUUCUGCCAGAGGCAUCUCAGCUGCACCGGAACCCAAGCCCGCCUGUGGGGUUGGCGGCAUCUGUUCAGCCUACGUCACACCAGUUUCGUGUGGAUGGCUCGUCUGCCGAUCAGCGCAGUCGAAACAUGGCUCCUAAUGCCAAUCUUCCAGGGAAGAAUUCUAAUAUUGUUCCAGCAAAUAACCGUUCCCAACAGAAGACGGCUAACACACCUCUUCUCAAAUCAUAUGUCGAUAUUACUGCGAAUCGGACGCCGCGUCGUCCGGAUGUUGCUGCACAUCAUUAUCAUGCUCUACGCCCUACAAAAGAAGGUUGUUGUUAAACAAAGGGGAGACGCCCAAGCCUGCGUUGAUGAUUAAAAAGGAGCUUCAGAACAUGUGGAAUAUCAGUUCGCCUUGGCAACUCAUUCCUUUGGGUAAAGGAUACUAUACCAUAGUCUUCCAGAACGCAGAGGAUAAACAACGAGCUAAAGCCAAGUUGAUUUGGGAAGUUUUUAAUGGACAUCUCCGCCUUCGCGAGUGGGCGAAGAACUUUGAUCCGUUUAAAGAACUCUCGUCGUUGGCAAACGUUUGGAUUCGUAUACAUUAUUUGCCUAUCGAAUAUUGGCAUGCGGAGGUGCUGGCUGGAAUUGCACGUUUCGUGGGCCAUCCGCUGAAGAUUGAUGGUGCUUCGAUUACUCGAGAUUUCGGACAGUUCGCUCGUGUUCUUGUGGAGUUAGAUAUGUCCAAAUCUCUCCCUACUACGCUUCUAUUUGAUGGGGGUGACUAUUCUUUUCAUGUUGAGUUUACUUACGAGUACUUACCGUAUUAUUGUUCCAAGUGUAAGAUCACGGGGCAUUCUCCCGAUAAGUGUCGUAAAGCUAAUCUGCCAGUGGAGGCUACUAUGAAGCCGUCUGGAAAACAACAAGCAAUAGCGAAACAAUGGCAGGAGGUUUCUGAGCCAGGGAUUUCUGGGGGUGAAUCGAUUCCGGUGGGGCUACAAUCUGAACAGGUGCGGGCUUCACCAGCACAUGGAAAUAACUUGAUACGACAAGAGGUUGUCGAGGAACAGCAUGCGGUGCAGCAGAAGGUCUCAUCAUGCGCUGCAACCCUUAUUGAGAAUAGUUUUGCUGCUUUAGAGUCGAGUGAGCAGGUUGUGACGUCCCAUGAGGAUGUGAACGAGAGGGAUGACCGUAUUUUGUCAGGGCCUGAUUCGUUGGAAGUUGUGCUAGUCCCGGUAACUUCGGAGCAUCAACUGGAUGACAACGAUGAGGAUGUGGAUGAGGAUAUAGAGAUGGAGACACCGAAUGGAGUCGUGAAUCUUGCGAAGAAUGUGGCAGCUGCUGCAGAGGAGGGCAAUAGCUUGCGGAAUGAAACUUUGGCGCUUAAGGAUGCAGUGGCGGAGAAGCAGUCGGAGGUUGGGACAGAUGGUUUUGUGAGUGAGCAGGUUCAUUCUCCGAUUCAAAAGGAGGUUGUUGGAGAUAAGCAGUCCAAUCCUACUCCGGAGGAUAUUGCUGGUCGUAUAAGUCGGUUAGAGGAGCAGGUUAAUCAAGGGAUGUUAUUGCUCUCGGAGCCGAAGCGCGGACGUGGCCGUCCAAAAGGCUCGGGAAAAGGAAGUGAGCUUGGUCAUGCAGUUCCGACUGAUAGCAUUAAAAACCGCCUCAAAAAUGCGGAGGGUCUUGGAUUUCAGCCGAGCAACUUCGUUGUUGAUCAUAGUAGCAGCAACACGAUGCGUACUAUGAACAAUAUUGCGAACCUCCGUUGGUCGGAUGUAAUUGCCAUGGAAAAUGAUCGCAACAAGGAUGAUUAUCAUUCCAAUAUGGAUUUUAAUAUUUGA